UUUCGAAUGUAAACAACCGCAACAAAGAACAAAAACACGCCACAAUAGAAAACACAACAGGUACGUUGGCGGUUGUGAGGAGGACACUUUGGAUUUUGGCACCGUGGCGCCACAUUCUUAUCGAGGUUGGUUUGUAAAUGGUCGCUCGCACAGGUAUGCUUCUCUCACAAGUCCGAACACGUGUCGGUUACCUGUUGUUGCGGGGAAGCUACCAUCCGCAGUGCACCGUGAGCCUGCCGGGUGCCACGCAGCAGCAGCAGCAGCAGCAGCAGCACUAUCACCACCACGGUGGAUACCGGCAUCAGCGCAGCUGGGAAACCCCAAGGUCCAAACGUGGCGAUGGCGAUAGCCGAUGGAGUGCAGCGAGAAGCAUCGCCACAGUGUCCGGUGCUGUGCUGGGGAUGCUUUCGUACUUUACCUACCAUCGCACGCAUCUCCGCCAGCCCUCGGACUGCGAGGCGUUCUUCGGGCUGCCGAGCGUUUCGGCCCUCGGGCUGACCCCCGGUGGCAGUGGUGAUACGGUGACGCCACCAGCGAGUAGCCGGCGACAGGAGCUGAACUUUAUCGCGGAUGCCGUCGAGGUGUCGGCACCGGCCGUCGUGUACAUCGAAAUUAAGGACACGCAGCGCGUCGACUACUACACCCGCGAGCCGCUGACCGUGUCAAACGGGUCCGGGUUCAUCAUUGAGCCGGACGGGCUGAUACUGACGAACGCACACGUAGUCGUGAGCCAACCGUACACGGUCGUGACGGUGCGGUUACAGGAUGGUCGCACCUUUCCGGGCGUGGUGGAGCACGUCGACCAGCGGUCCGAUCUGGCGACCGUACGCAUCCAGUGCAGUGGUUUACCGACGCUCCGGAUGGGCUGCUCGGGCGAUCUGCGCGUUGGCGAGUUUGUGAUCGCGCUGGGGAGCCCACUGGCCCUGAGCAACACCGUGACGGCCGGUGUCGUCAGCUCGACGCACCGGGCCUCCGAGGAGAUUGGGCUGCGGGGCCGGGACAUCAACUACAUCCAGACCGACGCUGCCAUCACGUUCGGCAACUCGGGUGGCCCGCUCGUCAACCUCGAUGGCGAGGCGAUCGGCAUCAACAGUAUGAAGGUGACGGCCGGCAUUAGCUUCGCCAUUCCGAUCGACCAUGCCAAGGAGUUCCUGAAGCGAAUCACCGAAUCCGGCGGCGAGAAGACGGGUGCUCGGGCAAAGGGCCGAUCGAAGCAGUAUCUCGGCAUCACGAUGCUAACGCUAACGCCGGACAUUAUUGGUGAGCUGCAGCGCCGCAGCCCAACCUUCCCCGCUAACGUGCGGAGUGGCAUUCUGGUGUGGAAGGUGAUCCGUGGCUCGCCGGCACACGCUGGCGGUAUCUCACCGGGGGACGUCAUCACGCAUAUCAACGGAACGGAAAUCAAAUCCUCGAACGACGUGUAUGACAUCCUUGCCCAGCAGCUGCCCCUGCUGACCAUUACGGUCUUUCGGGAUGGCCAAACGCUUACCGUGAAGGUGCUGCCGGUGACGCAACGAUGAGGAUAGGCGAUGGCGUCGGCACAACUCCUUACCCAGGACCUCCCUCAUACCCUGGACGUCGUAUUUAUUGAAGUUGUUUUCAUCUGCAUUAAACAAAACAGUAACAGCUACUGCUGCCUCUUCAUUUCAAUUCAAUACUGCCUUUUCGUUCGUUAUACGUGCGAACGUACGUACAAAACACAGAAUCCGGAAAUAGGGAGUGUAUGGAGACAAAAAAAACGGCAUAGCCAUAGGAAUGGUGGGGCCCCCAAGCAAAAUAUGUCUCCUCUGUUAUCGCCAGCGAUUCUGCGCUAACUAUCCGUUAUCCUAGCCUAGCCUAACGUCUAAUCUCUCUUCCUCUCUCUCUCUUUCUCUCUCUCUCUCUCUCUCUCUCUCUCUCUCUCUCU